AUGGCGGUCUCUCCCGAAGCCGCUGCCAUUAUCCAGCGUAAGAAGGCGCAAUACUGUCGUUUCGCCGACUCCAAUCAAUGGAACCGCUUCGACAGCAUCAUGCUUCCCAACGCGACGUUUCUCUUCCACAAUCCAGAUGGCAGUGUGAUUACAAAGGGAGACAUUGAGUACUCGUGGUCAUCUACAAAAGAUUGGGUAGCGUUCUUCGAGAAUGAGUUCAAGACGAUGCAGACGAUUCAUAUUGUUGGACCAGCGGAGAUGGAACAGAUUGCACCUGAUGAGAUCAAGGCUAUCUGGGCUGUUACGUAUCAUGCUGGGACGAAGGAACAUGAGGGUGGUGUUCAUGGAACAGGCGGUGGGCAUUAUCACGAGACGUGGAAGAAGGUUGGUGAUGACUGGUUUAUGGAGAGUUUGAGGAUGGAAAGACUUUACUGGAAGGUAUUGAGCGUUUAA